CAGCCUGGCGGACAUGGAUUAAGAGGACGGAGAACUCUUUGAUGGACUCUUCUUCGGGGCCCAGGUUCCCAACUGCUGCCACAGUGGUUCGCCACACCUAGAAGGGUCUGCCUCCUUAAGCAUUAGCUUCCCCUUCUAGAAAUGGAAAAGGCUUAAUAACAGUACCCUGGUGUCCUUUUCCAGGCAUCCAGCAGGCGUUUAAUAACUAGCCAAGUCAUUAUUGAAGUUUCUAAAUAAGGCAUACUAAUGGCUGAGUCUGGCCUCAAUCCCAGUGUCCCUGAGAGGCCGGCCGCGGGGGCCGCACUGGGCACGGUAUAAAUCGGAGAGUGCGUGCGCUUGGGCACUGCGGAGCCCAGGGUGGCAGCAGAGGAACAGAAUGGAGAUCCCCGUGCCUGUUCAGCCUUCUUGGCUGCGCCGCGCUUCAGCUCCUUUACCUGGUUUUUCCGCUCCGGGACGCCUUUUUGACCAGCGUUUCGGGGAGGGGCUGCUUGAGUCCGAGCUGGCUUCGCUGUGCCCUGCUGCGAUCGCCCCCUACUAUCUGCGCGCCCCCAGUGUGGCACUGCCCACAGCACAGGUGGCCAAGGACCCUGGGUAUUUUUCUGUGCUGCUGGAUGUGAAGCACUUCUCCCCAGAGGAAAUCUCUGUCAAGGUGGUUGGCGACCACGUGGAGGUUCACGCACGGCAUGAGGAGCGCCCGGAUGAACAUGGAUUCAUUGCUCGAGAGUUCCACCGCCGCUACCGCCUGCCUCCUGGCGUGGACCCUGCUGCUGUGACCUCAGCACUGUCUCCUGAGGGUGUCCUGUCCAUCCAGGCCACACCAGCAUCGGCCCAGGCCCCACUUCCAUCACCACCUGCUGCCAAGUAGGAGUCUGGGCAUUAUAGGACCGAACCUAAGAAGUCUCUUUAGGCUCCCUUUUAAAAGCCAAUCUGACUCCGCUGCCCAGCCAGAUAUCCCAAUCGCUGUCAAGACAGUUCCUCCCCACCAAAUCUGAGUGUCUUCCCCUAGGACCUUUCCACCUAAAGCCCUACCUGGGCCUUAGUAACUGAGACACACACACACACACACCCAAGCCUGCCAUGCCUCAUCAGCUUUCAGCCCCU